AUGUCAAGUUUAUCUCCACCAACUAUUAAUUCAUCUACUCCUAAUGCCAUUGAUAAUGUAAUAGACAUUUCAAAAACUAUUGUUACAUUUACUGAUGGAACACAAGAAAUUCACACUAGACCAUUACACCUAACCACCUUACUUUCACACCCAUCAUUAAAUAAUAAUGAAUUAGUUGGUAUUAUGGUUAAUGGAAGAGUAUAUUCAACAAAUGCUAGUAUUAAUGUUGGUCUUGCUAAUGUUGUUCCUGUAUUUUUAAAUUCUUAUGAAGGGUUUUCAAUUUAUAGAAGGUCAUUGGUUAUGGUAUUUGCUACUGCUGCUUAUAUGACAUAUGGAACAAAGUUUGGAGUUACUGUUGAGCAUCAUGUCAAUAAUGGAUAUUGUAUUAAUAAAUAUGAUGGAAAAGAGUUCACGGAAGAAGAGUGUAAUACUAUUAAACACAAAAUGGAAGAAUUAAUCAAUAGGAAUAAAGAGAUAAAAGAAGUAGUUUUAUCACAUGCAGAAGCAAUUAAUUAUUUCACAAAGACUAAUAGAAAAAUGACACUUUCACUUUUAAAAAGUACUAAUAAUGAAGAAAUUAAAUGUAGUUAUUUAGAAGGAUUUAUGACAUUAUUUGUUAGACCACUUUUAGGAAGAACAGGAAUAUUAAAAGAUUUUAAUUUAAUAUUAGGAACUGAUAAAACAGGAAUGAUGUUAUUAUUCCCACAACAAAACAAACCAAUUCCAAAAACAAUAAGAGAAAUUGAAACAAAAAAGAUCAUAGAAAACUAUAAAACAUCAAAUAAAGUAGCACAAGCAGUUGGAAUUGAAUGUAUUGGUGAUCUCAAUAAGAGGAUUAUAAAAGGAGACAAAACAACUAUAAUGAUGAUGGAAAAUAGACAAGACAUGGAAAUAGCACAAAUAGCAGAAGAUGCUAUCGAAAAGAUCAAAACAAGAGGAGUUAAACUUAUUUCUAUUGCAGGACCAAGUGCAUCAGGUAAAACUACAUUUAGUAAAAAACUUGGAGUACAAUUAAAACUUAGAGGAAUUACACCGGUUGUAUUAAGUACUGAUGAUUAUUAUAAACAUCGAGUAGACUCUCCUAAAGAUGAGAAUGGAAAUUAUGAUUUUGAGUGUUUAGAAGCACUGAGACUUGAUGAUUUGAAUGAUACACUUACACGACUCUUCCGAGGAGAAGAAGUUCAUCCAUAUGUCUUUGAUUUUGUAUCAGGUAAAUAUUCAUUAAUACAAGAUAAAGUCCUUAAAUUACCACCAAAUGGAGUUAUUGUUAUGGAAGGGCUUCAUGGAAUUGAUGAAGCAUUAACUCCUGCUAUACCAAGAGAACAAAAAUAUUAUAUCUUCAUAGCACCACUCACACAAUUGAACAUUGAUGAGUAUAAUUUUAUAGGAAAUCAAGUAUUAAGAUUUUAUAGAAGAAUAGUACGAGACUAUUUAACUAGAAAUUACACAGCAUCACAUACAUUAAAGAGUUGGUUUAAUGUUGCUAAGGGUGAAGAGAAAUACAUAUUUCCAUUUGUUGAUCAAGCAGAUAAAAUAUGGAAUUCUUCAAUGGAUUAUGAGAUUGCAGCUAUUUAUCCAUAUGUCCUUCCAUUAUUAAAAACUGUUCCAGUUGAUGAUCCAAACUAUAAUAUGGCACGUAAUUUAUUAGAUACACUUGAAUUGUUUAUGCCAGUUGAUGACCACCUUAUUGGAUCUACUUCAUUGAUUAGAGAAUUUAUUGGAGGAAGUGUUUUUGAAUAA